CUAAACUUACAUGGUAUCAGACACCGGUCGAUCCUCUCCCCUCUACAACCUCCAAACCCUAACACCUAGCCUAGUCUCCUUCCUCCACCAUGUCGGCCGACGAUCUCAAGAAGCUCGAAGCCGAACUGAAGCAACGCGAGUCUCUCCUCCAAGCUCGCCAGGAAGAACUUGAUCGCCGUGCCGCUGAGAUGGGAAAGUCUCCCGACACCACACCAGCCGCCCUACCCCCUACCCCCUCCUCCUAUGUCUCCUCCAUCAAAACACAUGUUCCUAUCACCCUCGAUCUUCAGGAUUCGAACUAUGCAAAGUGGCGCGAGCUGUUUCUCGUCGCCCUCGGAUGCUACGGCCUCUCCAACCACGUCGUCGGCGACGCUACCGCCACCCCGUCCGACACCUCGCCCACCUCUGUUGGGGUCGUGACGACUACACGGUGCUCUCCUGGAUCUACGGUUCGAUCUCCACCGAGCUCUUCGGCAUCAUCAUGGCUCCCGGUUCAACGGCGCGGCAGAUUUGGGACUCCAUCGCCAACCUCUUCCAUGACAACAAGAAAAGUCGUGCCCUCGCUCUCGAUGCUGAGUUCCGCAACACGGCACAAGGAGACAUGUCCGUCCACGACUACUGCGCCAAGCUCAAGUCCCUUGCCGACGCUCUCGGCGAUGUCGGCCAGACUAUCUCCGACGAGGCACUCGUCCUCACGGUGCUUCGCGGCCUUAAUGAGCAAUUCAGCCAUCUUCGCUCUUUUCUUCCGUUUCAGGUGCCGUUUCCGUCGUUCCUGCAGACACGCUCAGCUCUCGUCCUCGAUGAGACGCAGAAAAAGACCGACGCGGAAAACGCCGCCGCCACUGCGCUUUGGGCAUCGGGCAACAGCAUCCUGCCGAGCGCGGGCGGCGAACGCGCUCUACCGUCCGGGGGCGGACGCGGCUCUAGCGACCAACGCUCCUUCAGCUCGUCUAACACGAGCGGCGGUCGCGGCAACUUCACCAACACUCGCGGCCGUGGCCGCGGCGGCCGUGGACGGGGCCGCACCGAGCCAUGGAUGUUCAAUCCCUGGACCGGCCUCCCGACGCGCGUGCAGCUUCAACAACAACCUCCUCCUGCGCCCUGGCAGCCACGACCCUGGCGUGCACCUGGCAUUCUUGGUCCUCGACCUGGUGCUGCCCUUCCGCAGGCGUACGCAGCCUACGGCCCUGGUGCGCAGCCCCACGGCAUCCUUCCGCCUCCGUCGACUCCAGUAUACAACGGACAUCAACAGCACAUUGACACGGCUCUUCUGAACGCCCUGAACAACAUGCAUCUCCCCAGGAACCAGGAGUGGUUCAUGGAUACAGGAGCUUCGUCCCACAUGGCAUCUGAUCACGGCGCUUCCUUCCAGGACCGUGAUCCUUCGCUGCAAUAGUCCCGGGCCUCUCUACGCCGUCUGCCGCCCUCCAACAGAUGAAGCCCUCCUCACCACCACCUCGUCAUCGCUUUGGCACCGCCGCCUCGGACAUACCGGCCAUCACACCAUGUCACGCCUUCAACGGUCCAAGUUUAUCUCAUACAAUAAAGAUGGGUCGUCCCUUUGUCACGCGUGUCAGUUAAGAAAACAUGUUAGGCUUCCGUUUUAUAAUUCUACAAAAUAUACAGUUCGUCCAUUUCAGCUUUUACAUUGUGAUCUUUGGACGUCCCCCGUCCCUAGCAAC